AUUUCUCUCUCCCAAAAACGCUACCAAAGAAAAAGCUAUUUGUUCUGUUUCGGAAGGAAGAAAGGCAAAAAAAAAAAAAAGAGAAAAGUAAACAGAGGAGAGAAAAAACUCAGUCCCGAGUCUUGGGGAUAGUGAGCCUUUGAUAACAACGAGAGGUGUUUUCAGUGGAAAAGAUCUACUGAACUGUUUUGACAAAUGGGGGAAGACGAUUCAAAGGCAACCGUUGAGCCAACAGCAAGCAAGACUACUUCUCUUGAGAAGCCCUCAGAGGAUUUGGCUGGAAAAAAGGAGGAGGAGAACGCUGGAAGUAAGGAAACACAAAAGCUUAAGGAGAAGGCUGAACCAGAGAAAAUGGAGAUAGAUGCUGAGGUAAAGAAAGAUGAAGAAAAAGGUGAGACGGAAGCUAAAGAGUUAGGGGGUAAGAAAAAUGAAGACAAUACCGAGACUGAGAAAAUGGAAGAAGACCUUACGGUCACCAAAGACGAGGGACCAGCAGAGGCUACCAACAUGGAUGACGAUGCAGAUGGAAAGAAAGAGCAAACUGAUGAUGGUGUUUCUGGAGAUGGUACAGUGGAAGAUACUGUAAUGAAGGAAAACAAUGCCAAAGAUGAUGAAAAGCAAGAGACUAAAGAGACAAUUGUUACUGAAGCAGACCACAAGAAAGCCGGGAAAGAAUCUGAGGAGGAUGUAAAACAUGAAGGUGAAAAAGCAAAUGGAACAAAAGAUGGGGACCAAGGGACAGAAAGGGUUGAAAAUGUGGAGAAUGUGGAUGAAAAUAAAAAGGAGGAGAAUGGGAAGGAGCAGAGUGAAGAGGAUUUGGUUGAAGAAGGAAAAGAAGAGGGAGAUAAGGAAGAAAAUAAAACAGAGAACGUUGAUGCGGCAAAGGCAAAGGUGGAAGAUGUAGAAGAAGGAAGUGAGGAUGAGAAUGACAAUGAAAAUGUGGGGAGCAAACAUGCAAAGGAAGAUGAGAAAGAAGAGAGUAAUGUUGAUAAGGAAGAUGAAAAAGCCGAGAGCGGUGCUGAUAAGGAGAUUGAAAAAGAAGAGAGCAAGAGUUCUAAAAAGCGUGGGAAAGGAAAGAGUUCUGGGGAAAAGGUUCGCGAGAAGACAAAAACUGAGGAAGAAAAAAAGGAUGCAGAACCUAGGACUCCUUUCUCUGAUCGCCCUGUGCGUGAGCGGAAAUCUGUUGAGAGGCUUGUCGCAUUGAUUGAUAGAGACUCUUCCAAAGAAUUCCAUAUUGAAAAGGGGCAAGGUGUAUAUCUCAGAGAUAUUCCCAGUGUUGCUUCCAAAAUUAUGAGGAAAAAGUCUGAUGAAACUUUGAAGCUGCUGCACCCAAUUCUAUUUGGUGGGAGGAGAGGGAAGGCUACUCAGAUCAAGACAAACAUAUUGGGCUUCUCUGGUUUCGUUUGGCAUGGAAAUGAGGAAAAGGCAAAGGAGAAAAUAAAAGAAAAGCUUGAGAAGUGUAUCAAAGACAAACUGUGGGAGUUUUGCGAUGUGUUUGACAUACAUAUUAGCAAGGCUACAACAAAGAAGGAAGACAUUAUUACAAAACUGAUUGAGUUUUUGGAGAAACCACAUGUGAAAGGCGACGUUCCAGUUAGUGAGAAAGAGAAGUCAAGUAAGGGAGCAAAACGCAAGAGAACUCCCAAGCAAAGCUCACCUGCAGCUGGGAGUUCAUCCUCCAAACGAUCAGCAAAGAGCCAAAGAAAGUCUGAAGAAGGAACAAAGGCUGUCAAAAAGAUUUUAUCUCAUUCUGAUGAUGAGUCUGAAGAUGAGAAAGAGGAGGAAGAAGAAAAACAAGAGAAGGAGCAGAAAGCAGAAGAUGAAGAGAUUAAAGAGGAGGAGAAUGACAAUGGUAUUCCUGAUAAAUCUGAGGAUGAGGCACCUCAGCCUUCUGAAAGCGAGGAGAAGGAUGAAUCUGAGGAGCAUUCUGAAGAAGAAACGAAAAAGAAGAAAGAUGGUUCUAGCUUGUCAGCUGGGAAGAAAGAAUCAGCAGGGAGAGCCAGAAACAAGAAAGCAGCGGUUGCAAAAUCCAGUCCGCCAGAAAAAGUUACACAGAAGCGAUCAUCAGCAAAGCGAAAGAAAACAGAUGAUGACGAUGAUACAAGUCCAAAGGCGUCCUCUAAGAGGAAGAAGUCUGAAAAAGCUACCAAGGCCUCCUCGGCCCCUUCAAAGUCUGCAUCAAAAGAGAAGCCAGUAAAAAGGGCUGGAAGUGGGAAAGAAAAAACCAAAGGGCCUAGCGAUAAAGUGCUGAAGAAUGCAAUCGUUAAGAUCUUGAAAGGAGUGGACUUUAAUACGGCUACAUUCACGGACAUCCUCAAACAACUUGCUAAGGAGUUCGAAGAAGAUCUCACCCCAAGAAAGUCAUCUAUAAAGGUGAUGAUCCAAACUGAGCUCACCAAAUUAGCAGAAGAGGCUGAUGAAGAAGAGGAAGAGGAGGAGAAGAAAGAAGAAGAUGCAGAGAAGGAGAAAGCAGAAGGAGGGUCUGCUAGUGGUGCGGAGGUGAAAGCUUAAACUCCUCUCUGAUCACAUCGCACAUACUGAGUUGCCUAAUGCCUAGUAGUCAUCUGGCAAAUGUAUAAGUUAAAUCUGUGGAUGUAAUCUUUUGUUGUGUUGAGUCUGAGUUGCGCAAAGCAGCUUUACUUUUGGUAGAGACAAGAGAAAGAAGCUGCAUAGCCAAAGGGUAGGUUGCUUGUAUGUCUAUACCAUUUAACAUAAAAGCCUCCUUGGAUUGUCUUUUGAUUUGUGAGGCUCCCUUUUCAGACAUUGUCCAGCUUUCUUUAGUUUCCUUGUUCUGUUUGAAGAAGGCCUAUGGUAAUAAUGAAUAACUUGAUUUAUC